AAAAAUAAAAAAUAGUGGAUGACUGAAUUUGGAGCCAAAAACAAAAGGUUAUUAUUGUAAAGUCAAGUAUUCUCGUACCAUGAACAAACAACACCAUAUCAUGCGCAAAUAGUUGUUCUUUGAAUCGUUAACUUAGGAAACAGAAGAAGAAAGUUAACAACAGAAAUAACAAAAAAAUCUUUGUCACUGCAAUUACAAUUUUGAUUCCUCUGAUUCCGAUUGUCGGGAUCAGAGGAUCAUCGCCAUUAUUAUCUUCUUCUUCUUCUAGGAUAUCUUUCCUUUUUCAUUUUCCUUUAUAAACAGAGCCCCUGAAAUUUUUUCCCUAUUAGAAUAAAAAAUGCAAUUUGAAGAUCAAGGAAUCUCUUUUUCACGAUUUCUUGAAAUGGGUAGUCCUAAUAAUUCUGAGGGAACAAUGGAAGGGUGGCUUUAUCUCAUUCGUUCUAAUAGAUUUGGUCAGCAUUAUUCACGUAAAAGGUACUUCAUUCUUAAAGACAAUGUUCUUAGAAGUUACAAGAUCCAACCCACUUCACAAAUGGAGGAGCCAUUUAGAAGUGCAAUGAUAGAUUCUUCCAUCCGGGUUACCGACAAUGGAAGGGAAAGUACCAAUAGAAAAGUGUUCUAUAUUUUCACUUUAUAUAAUGCUACAAAUCAAAAGGAUAAGCUUAAGUUGGGGGCAAGUAGUUCAGAAGAAGCUGCGAAAUGGAUACGAUCUUUUCAGGAAGCUGCAUUGAAGGAGUAUCCAGAUGCAGCUAAGAAUUUUGUGCCUUGUCACAGGAGAAGGCGAUCUUUGAGAUAUGGAGGGGCAAAAAGCAUAGAUUGGAGAAACUCUAGUAUUAGUUUUCAAUCAUGUGCAUACUCUGAAGCAAUUACCACCGAUGUUAUUGCACCUUCCCCAUGGAAGAUUUUUGGUUGUCAAAAUGGACUAAGGAUGUUCAAAGAAGCCAAAUGUUGGGAUUCGCGUGGAAGGCGUUGGGGAGAUCAACCAGCAAUAAUGGCAGUUGGUGUGGUUGAUGGAACUUCAGAGAAUAUUUUCAAUACUCUUAUGUCUCUUGAUCCCUCAAGAUCCGAAUGGGACUAUUGUAUAAACCGAGGCAGUGUGGUUGAUCACCUAGAUGGUCAUACAGAUAUCAUUCACCUUCAAUUGGACACUGAAUGGCUACCAUGGGGUAUGAAACCACGGGAUUUAUUGUUGCGAAGAUACUGGAGAAGAGAAGAUGAUGGCACAUACGUUUUACUAUAUCAUUCCGUGAGUCAUUCCAAGUGCCCGCCCAAGAGAGGCUACGUCCGAGCUUCCCUAAAAAGUGGAGGAUAUGUGGUGACUCCUGUUAACAAAGGAACUCAGUCCGUUGUGAGACAUAUGCUUGCUAUGGACUGGAGAUUAUGGAGACUAUACUCGCGACCUUCAUCUUCUAGAUCCAUUACCAUUAGUAUGCUCGAGAGAGUCGCAGCACUGAGAGAGUUGUAUAGAACCAAAGCAGUUUCUUCUGAGCCUAUUACAAUGACAAAGGAUAUUGGAUUGCCUGUUAGUGUACAGAAGGAUGUUACGAUUGACGUUCCACAAGAGAGUAGGACGAUUGAGGAACUUGUUGAAGUGAAAGAUGAAGUGGAGGACAAAGAAAUUAUUGGUCGUAACAGUAGUUGUUUAAUGGGAUUGAAUGAUUCUGAUGAGUUCUUUGAUGUUCCUGAAUCUACAGAAUAUGAUCACUAUGAUAAUCAAUGGCACUCUGAUUCAGAACAACUCGGCGUUCCCCAACAUAAAAUAUCAUCAGCUGCUGGUUUGGUAAAAAAGUUACAUGAUCUUGCAGUUCAAAAGAAGGGUUACAUCGACUUGCAAGACGCAACUAAGGAGGAAAGUGAAUCAUGCUCUUAUGGAACCACUCUUCAAAAUGAUCCAAAUUGUACUUUACCUUGCACCUGGGCUGCUUCUGAUCCAUCUUUGUUUUUGGUUCGAGGAGAAACUUAUUUCCAAGAUCAACAAAAGGUCAAGGCGAGGGACACCUUAAUGGAAUUGGUUGGUGUAGAUUGGCUCAGCAGUGACGCAAGAGAAGACGAUUUAAGUAGUCGUCCCGGUUCCAUAGUUCAGCAAUCUUUAGCAAAAGGUGGUUCAGAAUUCUUCUUUGUUGUCAACAUGCAAAUGCCAGGAAGUCCCAUGUAUAACCUUGCACUCUAUUACAUGUUGAAAACUCCUUUGGAAGACAUUCCAUUACUGCACAGCUUUGUUGAAGGAGAUGAUACUUACAGAAACUCAAGAUUUAAGCUCAUACCAUAUAUUUCUAAGGGAUCAUGGAUAGUCAAGCAAAGUGUUGGAAAGAAAGCAUGUUUGGUAGGCCAAGCACUAGAAAUAAAUUACUUCCGCGGCAAGAAUUAUCUAGAGCUUGGCAUUGACGUUGGAUCUUCAACGGUUGCACGAGGAGUGGCAAGCCUAGUUCUUGGAUACCUCAACAAUUUGGUGGUAGAAAUGGCAUUUUUGAUACAGGGUAACACACGAGAUGAACUCCCCGAAGUACUCAUUGGGACAUGUAGACUCAAUCAUAUGGAUGCAUCUAAAGCAUUUGCAGUGAAUGCUUAACUUCUAACAUGAUUUUUUUUCUUCAUGUCUUUGAGGAGCAGAAGUUUGAUACUGUCUCCUAUAGUAUUAACAACAGCAAUAGAAGGAAAAACAAAAUUAAGGAUGACAAGUGGUACAUGUUAUAGAACAUGUUACCUUGCAAGCUUAAUGUUUUUUUUCCAUCCGAUACAGUGAAACUGAUAUUGGUGGUAUAGGAAUUUUCCUUUGAAUUUUUGCUGAGGCUAAUCAAAUUACAAAGAAGUUAUAUUUUAAUUUGAUCUCUUGUAAUUUGUUGCACAAUAACUUUUUUCUUUUGUUGAUGAUUGAUAUAAGAAUUUAAUUCAUAUACACCGCCAGCGUAUUUUUUUACACCAACAAUGAAACCAUAUUGUUAGAUCAUUGACAAUUAUUAUAACCACUUAAAGUCACGCAUAUGAUUAGCUUUGAUGUGUUGACAUUGAGGUAAUUGAAUUUCUCAAAUUUUAUUUUUACAAUGAAGUUGAGAAUCAAA